AUGUCAUUAUCUGCCAUGGGAGUCAUGAUGGAUGAAGUCGAACGCAGCAGACAAAGUAAAUGGUCGUUGGUAGCUAUGGCGGAAUUCAAGGAUCCCUAUCAGUGUGAGUAUCUGAUCCACACAUUCACGUCCAGCACGAAAUCCGGCCUGGUUGGGUCGCGUCCUGGAGUCGCGCACAGACUUGAACCGCCUGAGGAGAAAAAUGACGAAAAUCUUCGUACCAAUGUCGAUGAGGCUUAUGCCGCGAUAGUUCUCACAUUUAUCUUGUCUCCCUUCUUGUGGAUGGACACGAGGAUGCCCAAGCCCCAGUAA